AUGGGAUUUUUUGAAUUCAUAACAUCAAAUUACGGACAUGAAAUAACAACAAGUCUUAAAAAAUGGAGCAAACUAAACAUAAAAUUAGGAACAUCAAGAAACAGAUUAACUCCGCCUGCAGCACUGGAGGGUGGAUUGAGUAGCUCGACGGUGCUGUUGCCGGUCCCAAGCCCGGAAAAAGGAGGAGGGACGGAUAAUUUGAUGACGAACCCGGCGAGAAAGAGGAGAUGGAAUGGUUAUAGGAAGAGGAACAUAAUGCGGAUGGCAACAUGGAACGUGAAAACGCUGAACAAUAGAGAUCAGGAAGUUGUGAAGGAACUAGAAGACAAAAACAUAGACAUAUGCGCACUACAGGAAACAAAGAAGAAGGGCAAAGGACAAAUGUGGCUCGGUGAAUACUUGUUGAUAUACAGCGGAGUAGAAAGGGAUAGGAGAGCGAAAGAGGGUGUGGCAUUGAUGAUCCACAAAAAGCUAACUCAGAACAUCCGAGAGUGCAAAUACGUAUCAUCGAGAAUAGUAGCGACAAAACUUAGAUCACAGGGAAAAAAGGUUAAUAUAAUUGGAGUGUACAGUCCAGAAAACUGCAAACCAGAAGCGGAGAGAACAAGCUUUUAUGAAACAUUACAGGAGACAAUUGACACAAUACCAAGAAACGAAACAGUUAUUCUAAUGGGGGAUUUUAAUGCCAGAGUAGGGAACACGAUGAUACCUGGAGUGAAGCAGAGAUUUAAUGAAGAUGUAACUAACGAGAAUGGUGAACUACUGAUAGACUUUUGCGCACAAAACGAGCUCCGAAUAAACAAUACUUUCUUCAAACACAAAGAACAACACAAAUAUACAUUUCAAAACACAAGAGGAGAUAGGUCAAUGAUAGACUACAUUUUGACAAACAGGAAGAUACAUUGUAUACAGAUACUGGACAUAAGAUGCUUAUGUUCUGCAAAUAUAGGAAGUGAUCACAAUCUGGUCUUGGGAAAGAUAAGAAUGGCAAUACAGAAACCCCAAAACACAGACCCAAUAAUUUCCGAAACAAAGAUAAAAGUCGAAAGCCUACAAGAUGAAUCAACAAGAAAUCUUUACAAGUCAAGACUGGAGAAUGAAAUAGACAAAAAUCCUGUGACAGAGGAGGAAGACAUCGAAGAUAGUUGGAGAAAGAUAAAAAAUAACAUCAUCAAGGCAGCAAGGGAAGCACUUGGGGAGCGAAAAGUAAACGGAACAUCAAGAAGAGUGAAAAAUACACCCUGGUUUUGUGAAGAGGUGAAAUUAAAAUGCCAGGAGAAGACAAAAGCUUAUCUCAAAUAUAGAUCAAGAAAAACCAGAGAAGCCUAUGAGGAAUAUAAGACAAUCCGAAACGAAACAAAUGCUUUAGUAAGAAAGAAGAAAACAGAACAUUGGGAAAAAUUCUCUAAAGAAAUGGAACAUGACUUCUAUGGAUUGCAGAAAGAGAUCUAG